UCCCCGCUGCCAAAUAGUGAGCCCCCCGAGGCCCCGCCCCCGGGAAGGUUCUGGGCGUGCGCGGUGCAUUGUGGGGUGGGGGCAGCGCAGCGGCCGCCGCGAUGAUGCCCACUCCGGUUAUCCUGCUGAAGGAAGGCACGGACACCUCCCAGGGAAUCCCCCAGCUGGUCAGCAACAUCAAUGCCUGCCAGGUGAUCGCCGAGGCCGUGCGCACCACGCUGGGGCCGCGGGGCAUGGACAAGCUCAUCGUGGAUGACCGGGGCAAAGCCACGAUCUCCAACGAUGGUGCCACCAUCCUGAAGCUCCUCGACGUCGUCCAUCCCGCCGCCAAGACCUUGGUGGACAUCGCCAAAUCCCAGGAUGCAGAGGUUGGUGACGGCACCACGUCCGUGACUCUGCUGGCAGCCGAGUUCCUGAAGCAGGUGAAGCCCUACGUGGAGGAAGGGCUCCAUCCCCAGAUCAUCAUCCGUGCCUUCCGCACGGCCACGCAGCUGGCUGUGAACAAGAUCAAAGACAUCGCUGUUUCUGUGAAGAAGGAAGAUAAAGACAGAGGAGACUUGCAGCUCCUGCUGCAGUCGGUGCCAGUGUUAAAUCUCAACAAUUCCUUGAGGAUCAGAUCCCUUUUUAGCUGUUGCACAGUGGAAGGUAGAGAGUUCAUAGGAGUAAGGAAAGGACCCCUUCAGCUGAGUGAGCAGAGGAGCCUCCUGGAGAAGUGUGCAGCCACAGCCCUGAGCUCCAAACUGAUCUCCCAGAGCAAGGAGUUCUUCUCCAAGAUGGUUGUAGAUGCUGUCAUGAUGUUGGAUGACUUGUUACAGCUCAAAAUGAUUGGAAUAAAGAAGGUGCAAGGAGGAGCUUUGGAAGACUCACAGCUGGUGGCUGGAGUUGCCUUCAAGAAGACCUUCUCCUAUGCUGGGUUUGAGAUGCAGCCCAAGAAGUACCAGUCCCCCAAAAUUGCCCUCCUGAACGUGGAGCUGGAGCUCAAAGCUGAGAAGGACAACGCUGAAAUCAGAGUCAACACUGUGGAGGAUUACCAGGCCAUCGUGGAUGCCGAGUGGAACAUCCUGUAUGACAAACUAGACAAAAUCCACAAGUCAGGAGCCAAAGUUGUCCUGUCCAAACUUCCCAUCGGGGACGUGGCCACGCAGUACUUCGCCGACAGGGACAUGUUCUGUGCCGGCCGCGUCCCGGAGGAGGAUCUCAAACGGACCAUGAUGGCCUGUGGUGGAUCCAUCCAGACCAGUGUCAAUGCCCUGACAGAUGAUGUUCUGGGCCGGUGUGAACUCUUUGAGGAGACUCAGAUUGGGGGAGAGAGGUACAACUUCUUCACGGGCUGCCCCAAGGCCAAGACCUGCACGAUCAUCCUGCGCGGGGGAGCGGAGCAGUUCAUGGAGGAGACGGAGCGGUCCCUGCACGAUGCCAUCAUGAUCGUCAGGAGAGCCAUCAAGAACGACUCGGUCGUCGCCGGCGGUGGCGCGAUAGAGAUGGAGCUUUCCAAGUACCUCCGGGACUAUUCCAGGACCAUUCCAGGGAAGCAGCAGCUGCUGAUCGGUGCUUACGCCAAAGCCCUCGAGAUCAUUCCCCGCCAGCUCUGCGACAACGCUGGCUUUGAUGCCACCAACAUCCUGAACAAGCUCCGAGCCAAGCACGCACAGGGCGGGAUGUGGUACGGGGUGGACGUGAACAACGAGGACAUCGCGGACAACUUCGAGGCGUGCGUGUGGGAGCCGGCCGUGGUGCGCAUCAACGCGCUCACCGCCGCCUCCGAGGCCGCCUGUCUCAUCGUGUCCGUGGACGAGACCAUCAAGAACCCCCGCUCCACCGUGGACGCCGCCCCGGGGGGCCGUGGCCGCGGCCGGGGCCGCCCCCACAACCACUGAGAACCCCGGUGCUCCCGGCGACGACGCGGCGACUCCGAUGGUUAACCCCCGCGUUAAUUAACCCCCGCGUUAAUUAACGGGCUCUCGUCGGCAGAUGGUCGCUUGGAGGGCUCGUGGAUGUUGUGUUAAUUAGAGUCACGUCUUGGCCCUGGCAGCCACGGCCCCCUGUGGGCUGCCCUGCCCCAAACGUUCCCCGCACAGCACUGAUCCCCUCGGGCUCGCCUGGGCAUUCCGCUCGGGAAUGGCCUUCCCUCUCCCGGCGCGCCGAGGACGGGCUUUGCUCCUAUUUAUACUGGUUUAUUUUUUGUUUUUCUUCCUGCUGGGGAGGGGUUUGGACCCCGGGCUCUCCAACACAAUAAAAGGAUGAACUUGUCUCGGUGGCAAA